AUGGCAGCCAAACCACAGCCCAUCUACGAGCUCAAAUGCAGCUGCAACUCAUAUCCCUGGGGCAAACAAGGCUCGAACUCCAUUUCCGCCAGACUGUGCGAAAAGCAGCCUGGAUGGCUUGAUGGACCGAAGAGCGACUUCAAGAUCGACGAGAGCAAGCCGUACGCUGAGAUGUGGAUGGGAACGUAUCCAGUCCUGCCCUCAUACGUCGCCUCCACAGGCGAGGACCUGCAGGAUGUCCUUGACCGGAACCCAAAAGAACUGAUCGGCGAGAAUGUGAUGAACAAGUUCGGCCACUCGAAGCUCAUGUACCUCCCCAAGGUCCUCUCCAUCGCAAAGGCUUUGCCACUGCAGCUGCACCCGGACAUAGAACGUGCCAGCAAACUGCACAAGGAGCGACCAGAGGCCUUCACAGACCCAAAUCACAAGCCAGAAAUCGCUCUGGCGCUCUCCGAAUUCGAAGCAUUCUGCGGUCUCCGACCCCUCAACGAAAUCGCCGAGCUCAUGAAACUCGAACCCCUCAAACGCUUCAUGCCCGGCAACGCCCACGCCGCCGGCGACUCCUUCACCGAUCAAACCCUCCGCCACGUCGUCAAAACCAUGCUCGAGACCGACGAAGACUCUGUCAAAGAAACUUACAACUUCCUCACGCAUAUCUCGCCCGAUCGGUACAGCUCGAUGAACUCCUCGCACAUUCCCAAACUCGCUCCCCGCUUGGCGCAGCAGUACGACAAAUCCGACCCGGGGAUUCUGGUCGCGCUGGUGACGAUGAACUACCUCGUGCUCCAACCGGGCGAAGCCAUUUACAUCCCCGCCGACGGCAUUCACGCGUAUUUAUCUGGCGACAUCAUCGAGUGCAUGGCGCGCUCAAACAAUGUGCUCAACACCGGUUUCUGUCCCCGCGCGGAGCGGAACAGCAUUGAUCUCUUCUGCGAGUGUCUGACGUUCACGCCACAUAGUGCCGAGGAGUCAAUGCUGAGGCCGAAGGGGUAUGAGAAGGGACGGCAGGGCAAGACGCAGUUGUAUGCGCCGCCGAUGAGUGAGUUUAACAUGUUGCAGACGAGUUUGAAGGGUGGGGAGAGGGAGGAGUUGGGGGCGGUUGAUGGGCCGAGUAUUUUGAUUGCGACGAGGGGUGGAGCGAAGCUGACGGCGAAUGGGUCGGCGGUGGAGCUCCAUGAGGGGCAGGUGUUUUUUGUGGCGCAUGGGGUGGAGAUGGAGCUUGAGGCAGGGAAGGAGGGACUGCUGAUGCAUACGGCGUAUGUUGAAUAG